ACACACACACACACACACACACACACACACACAGACCGUGAUGUCACUUGGAGGGGAGUGUGGACAAACGAGUGAACGGACACAGAUUGCAACAAACUUUAAUUGAAUCCGGCCGCUCUUUUAUCCGGACAUUCACAGAUCAACCAUGAGUCUUAAAAGAGGACAUGGAGUUAGUUUGGGGGCUGUGUUGUGUGAGAGAAAGUUCACAUUCAUUUAACUGAACCAUGAAAAAUAAAAGGAAGCGGGCAGCAGCGACAUCGGAGAGGUCCGUGGACAAACUGUUGUAGUCCGGCAGUUAACGGAGGAAUGGACGGAGUGAAAAGUGGACCAAACAGGAACUAAACCACCUGCCCGGGUACUCUCAGGCUAUAUGUCCCCCUCCUCUCCGUGUCAGAUGCCUCAUCGGGGCGAUGGGGGCUACAAGCAAGCACCGGUGUCCCCUGCUCCGCCUGUCCCACCGAGGAGGGUCCGGAGCCGAGAAAGGGGCACCGGGAGGACGCGGCGGUCCGGGGCAGGAGCGGGGUCUGGGUCUGGAGCUGGAGCAGCGGAGAGGCGGGUGAAGUGUGUGCUGGUGGGGGACGGAGCUGUGGGGAAAACCAGCCUUGUGGUGAGCUACACCACGAACGGAUACCCUACAGAAUAUGUCCCCACCGCGUUUGACAACUUCUCAGCUGUUGUAGCAGUGGACGGGCAGCCAGUGAAGCUACAACUCUGUGACACAGCUGGACAGGAUGAGUUCGACAGGCUGCGUCCUCUGUGCUACACCAGUGCAGAUGUGUUCCUGUUGUGCUUCAGCGUGGUCAGUCCUGCAUCUUUCCAGAAUGUUCCUGAGAAGUGGGUCCCGGAGAUCCGCAGACAUGCUCCGCUCGUUCCACUAGUUCUGGUUGGGACCCAGUGUGACCUCCGAGAGGAUGUCAAGAUCCUCAUUGACUUGGCCAAGUAUCGCGAGCGACCUGUGGACCAAGCAGAUGCCCGGGACUGUGCGCUGGAGAUAGGAGCUGUGGCGUACAUGGAAUGCUCUUCCCUGACCCAGAAAAAUUUGAAAGAAGUGUUUGACACGGCCAUACUGGCUAGCCUGCAAAAUCCCAGCUCCCAUAAGCACCAGAGAGGGAAACAGAAACGUCGAAAAAAGCAGAGGCAGACACCGGAGAAGAUGAAGAGUCUGUCCAAGUCAUGGUGGAAAAGAUACUGCUGUGUGGCCUAGAGCAGACCUCUGAGGUUUCCUUGUUGAAUUUUAUGAUCUUCUUUUGACUCUGUCUGGAUUGAGCUUGGUUCAGGUUCUACUAGAAUUCACUGAAUUCAGGGUUUCCUUUGUGGAGGCUCAUGUUGAGGAGGACCACUGAACAGCUGCUGGGAACCAAAGAAAGACUUUCCAUGGAUCUAAAAUAUCUCUACGUUGUUUGUUUAUUUGUUUGUUUGUGGAGGGCUCCUUGUUUUUAUCAGGGAUCAAAUGAACUAUUGAGACCAGGAUGGUCCUACCAGAACCUGCCCUGAAAAUAUUGCAGUACUGAAAUCAUUAACCAGGUUUGAAGACAGUACAACCUCCUCUAUGGAUAAAGCUAACACUGCAGGACUAACAGACUCCGUGACAUACAGACCGUCCAGAUUGAAACGAGAACAGAUAUAUUGAUUUUCUCACCUCAGUGUGACACGGAACAAUGUUUAACCCAGUGUUCUGGUUAAACCUUUCCAACCUCAUAUGGAUUUAUGUGGCCUUCUUACGUAAUGAGGAGGGAGCCAGACUCUCUGUAGACUGUGCAUGACCUACAUGAACUUGCAUCUUAACUGGGUCUUUAUUCUAACCUGUUUUGUAAUGUUAGUCUGAUUUCCAACAGUCAUAAUAGGAGGGAACUUUGGACUGAAACAGAGUGUCUCUCAGACCAAACUGUGCCCUCUGAUAAAGAAGUUAUUUGGAUUUUCUGACCCACAGGCGAUCACUGAGCAUGAUUUAAACAAUUUAUUUAACAGAUCCAACCCAUGUUAAAUUAAGAACCUUUCUAACUGAGAUCUUUGUGAUCAAAGAACCCUCUUAAUUAAGCAGCUUCCUCGCCAGUGUUUGGCCCAAAAUGAGGACAGACCAAAUUAGGCUCAGACUUCAGGCUCCUAUCAUAUCUUCUAGUGUAAGCACUAAAGCCGAACAGGGUGAAAAGUAUAGACUGUUUAUAAAGAGUGAACGUAACCACCUUGAUAAAGCCCAUUGGUUUCACACUAUCAAUCUGUAGCUUUUUUAGUUGCACUGUUUUUGCAGCCAAUAUUUGAGAUUGUUAAGUUUCAAAAUGAGGCCACAAUUCAGAACAUGACCAUCAAUCUGUAUUAAAGAAAAACUGAGAUGAUUAAUCGAGACCAUACACUCAACAAGAAAAAACAAUAGAAAUAAACUGAGUAAGGACUGGGUCACUUCGCACAGUCAUACAUAGAACUGGAAAUUCCCUCUGUUACCACUCGAGUUGCUGCUUUCAGGUCUUUAGAAAGGUUUGAAAUACUUCAACAUUCACUUUUUAAAUUAUGAAGCUAUGUCCACCUUUAUACAGUGGUCUGUAAAAUAAUGACUGAAAAAUAAGGACUUCCAAAAUAAGUGAAUGAUUUCAACCCUAUGCCUCAGUACUAGAAAGAAGAAGCUGAGCAUUAAAACAUGCAAAGAUCGUUUGAGCACUCAGGUGAUAGAUAUUUAUUUUAGCAUUUUUCUAAGGCAAGGCUUGAAGCAAGUUUCAUCCUCCUCAUUUAUCACGCAUUAGUACUCAAAGUGUAUUUCUAAGAAUUGUAUUUACAAUUGGUUAUAAGACUGUGAAGACAGAAUAUGUGAGUAUUCAGUGACAUCCUCUCUUAUUAGCUGUGGAUCACUUGUAAAAAUCUGACCGCAGGCUGGUCUCUCAUCAAUAGAUUAAGAUCUGCAUGUUGUGUAGCAGAAAGAAAACAGCAAACUAAGACACAGUGGAGCCCUCAGCUGCCACACCUUCCUUUGUACAUUGUUGAACUUCAACAAGAAUAAAUCCCAGUGAUUUUCAGCUAUCUCUCUAUAGUACCUCCGUCUGAAGGGCUCUCUGUAUGAGAGCCUCUGAGGCGGAAAGGAAAGAUGCAGCCUCAUGAAGUCAAAGCAGAUCUGCCGUUACAAUCUGCAGAUGCAACAUAUAGCUAUUAAAGGUGACAUAUCAUGCAAAAUCGACUUUUUAAUGGUUCUCUACCUGAAAUAUGUUUCCCUGGCAUGUCUACAAACCCCCCGAGAAUGAAAAAAAUCCAUUCUGCCCCUGUUUUGAUUUCUACACCUUUCUGUAAAUGUGUGUGAAACGAGCCGUUUCAGUUUUCUGUGUUUUUGUUACGUCACAACAAUAUCCUGUCUGUCACGGUGUCAGAGCUCGGAGCUUGUUCAGCCCAUAGACUGUAUAAAAUACAACUCAACUCAUCCUCCGUUUUUCAUUACCUGCACACAUGUGUGCUAACAAGGAGCUUCGGAGGGAGGCAUGCUAGUUGUAGGCUGUCUUAAUAAACACAAAGGUCGGUUUUACUCCCCACGUCUGCAGAUUUGAAGAUCUAGUGGAUGAUUUUUAUUUGUCAUGGAAAAGUGCUAGCGCUAGUUAGCAUAGCCACAUAGCUACAUGUUCGUAGCUGUGUACCAAGACACACGUCGACAUACUGACAAAUAAAACAACAAGAAACACAAAAUCUGUGACCAAUCGUUCAGAAAGGUCCUGCUGCAGUCGCCUCUCCGUCAGGAUCAAAUUCAGAGGGUUGAAGUAACGCGAUCUGUGAGCAGCCAUGUAUAUUCAGCCAAUAUAUAUUGAUGAAAAAAGCGUGAUAUGUCACCUUUAAUACCGAUCAGACAUAACCACAGUUGUUUUUACCCAUGCAUAUCCUAGCCUUAGGACAAACUUUAACUUGGCCUUCAACUGCUGACAUGAAAAUAGCGUGAAGUUCAACCUUUGUCAACACAGAGGGUAAAAGACGAGGUUAAAAUGUGAAGGUUCAGGGUUAAAACAGUCACAUCGCCUGUUGUUUGUGUUUCAGUAUUGUUUGAGAACUAACUAUAGGCUAUGCUACUUCUGCUCCUUCAAAGUUUUCUCACCCCCAGAUUUGCUUAGAUGUUUCUCUUGACCUCGACUACCAACACAUUAUUCUGACAUGUGGUUCAAAGAGAGUUCUCUGAAAUUAAUUUAAUUACAUGAUCAUUUCAAUUAAUUCUACUUGAAAAAUAAUGUGUCUGUUGUAAAAUUUGGUCCAUAUAAAACUAAAUUUUACACAACUUCAACUUAAUAUCAACACCUACAUUUGAGCAAAAAAAAAGUCCCUAUGUAAAAGAAAAAACCUCACCUGCUGAUUUUUUGUAAAGUCUAUAAGAUAUAACCUCUGUGUAAAAUUUCUGAACAUUGUUGUUUUCUGAGAGCUCAAAUGAAAUGCCUCAUUGACCCUGAGAGUGAAACUCUGACUCCUGACUCGAGGAUUACCGGAGCUGUUUGGCAGUUUUGUGCCGAAGAUGUUACAAAUGUAUGUGAAUGGGUUCACUGUGUUGAUGCUUUGCAUUGUUUCUCGCCGGGAAAAGGCAUAAUAAGUUGCUUGUCUUGCUGUUUGUGUGCUCAUGGUGGAUUUAAGUAGGGCAAAGGUCAAGCAGACCCUUAUGAUAGCUGGCAUUUCCUCUGUCAAGUUUGACCCUCCAUGUCUGUUUACAUGUGUAAUUUAUGGAGAGCAAAGCAAAUGUCCCAUCACAGACAUGUAGCUUGAACCAAAGGCCUGAAUUUAUAGAGAAAGUGUUUUAAAUUACUAUGUUCAAAUACUUGAAAUCAAUCAGUCAGGAGUGGACAGAGAAGAGUCCACAGUAACAGAAGUAUAGAGCAAGUCUUUAAGUUGGAUUCAGUUAUGUUAUACAGAGCAAGAUAGCAAACAUGAGUCAGUAAUAACUCUGUUCAUCACAGACCAUGUUAGGUGGUGUUGGCCAUUAUUAUUCAGAGUGUAUUGAAUGUAUGACAGAUGAUUGACUCUGUAAAGUUGAACAGGAAGGUCUCUGAAAGUGUAUUAAUGUGUAUAAGAACAGUGCAAGAAGAAAAAAAGUAGUGAGAAUUAUGUUGAAGAGUCUAGAUGUUUAGUCGAAGGUUACACCGUAAUGUCGAUCUCCAUUGGUUGGGGCUGCUGCAAAGGUCGUAUGUGGACAGGAGUGCAUUGAAUAAGAUAGUUACAUUGCUGUUUACCAGUAUUGAUAAGUGACACAAAUAUGAGGUGUUUAUAAGAAAUAAAACAACAAAAUAGCCCCUGAAUGCAGUCCAGCUAAAAAAUUAAACUUCUUCAGUAUGUCCAUCACUGUGAGCAAAUCAGUUAAUCAGUCGGACCUUCUUAAACACAUGCAUGAUUGUUCAUUGCAUAAGCCAAAAAUUUCAGUGAGAUCAACUUAAGCAGACAGUCUGCAGAAACAGACAGCAGGGUUCAUUCUUUAGAUUCGUUUUUUUUGACCCCUUAAGCACACCUGAGCUCUUUCACAUGGGACACCAGCUGAGGAUUUAUCAGAGGAAACCAGACCCACCCCGCCUGAGUGAAACAUAGCUGUGUUUUCAGUUUUCCUGCAUGUAAAAACAUUGCUUCAAGAGAGCAGCUGCUGCAGUCAGCUCCCUCUCAAUUAUCUGUCUUAACUGAGGACGUCAACCAGAGCAAAGUGUUUGUACAGAAAUUUUAUAUCCUGAGAAAUAAAGUACAUUUGGUAUAAA